GGACAAUCGAAUAUAUUUGACACGAAAUUACAGAGUAUCUCAAUAAAAUCUAAGAACUAUAUAGCAAAUAGUUAAUUUGCAAAAUAUUAAUCCAUCGUCUCAAACUUCAUUGUUCUUUUUGCAAAUAUCAGUCCAUUGUCUCGGAUUUCAUUGUUCGUACAUUUUCAUACUAAUUGCGCUCCGUCCCCGUUUUCUUUCCUUAUCGAUCUUCUACUGAAAUACAUUCUAUACCCAACCACCGUUAUAUACUACUUAUACGGAUAUAAGUAAGCGACAUCAUACUAUAAUGUUUUGUUUAUUAAAAUGCUUAGUUCAAAUCACAAUUUAUAAUAUAUAUUUAUUCAAAAACAGUUAACAAUAUUAAACUAACUUCACAUCACAUGUAUAAAGAUUUUCAUGAUAUUCAAUUCAUUUCAAUAUGACCAUUAACAAGGUUAGUAUAAAAUUAUCCAAUCUCAUUCAGUGAUUUCUAUGACAAUGAGUGUAUUGGCUACAUCAUUAUUAUUCUAUGCCAUAAAUAUGAAAUCAUGUUAGUGUAAUACAUUACAACUUUAUGAUAAAACAAAUUAUGAACAAAUUCUUUUAUCAUAUACCAUUUAUAUUGAUCUAUUAUAUCAUUAAAAUCAAUUGUAAUAUCAAUUCAAAAUCAAUAAAUCAAUCAAUUAUUUAUGAACCGAAUUGGAAUUCAUUAGAUAAACGUCCAUUACCAAAUUGGUAUGAUGAAGCUAAAAUUGGUAUAUUUAUACAUUGGGGUGUAUUUUCUGUACCUAGUUAUAGGACUGAAUGGUUUUGGUGGAUGUGGCAAGGUGACAAAACAAUAAUGCCUGAAAUACCGGAAUAUAUGCGUAAAUAUUAUGAACCAGAUUUUGCAUAUGCUAAUUUUGCAAAACAAUUUCAUGCGGAAUUUUUCGAACCUGAUAAAUGGGCUGAUUUAUUUCAGAAAUCAGGAGCACGUUAUGUAGUACUUACUGCGAAACACCAUGAAGGUUUUUGUAAUUGGCCGUCUAUUAGUUCAUGGCAAUGGAAUUCAAUGGAUAUUGGUCCAAAUCGUGAUUUGGUCGGUGAUUUGGCUACAUCUAUUCGUAAAAGAACUAAAUUAAGAUUUGGUGUCUAUCAUUCAUUAUUUGAAUGGUUUAAUCCAUUAUAUUUGUACGAUAAAGAAAAUAACUUUACAACACAAACAUUUGUUGAACAAAAAACAUUGCCAGAAUUAUAUGAUUUAGUAUUACGUUAUAAACCAGAAGUGAUUUGGUCUGAUGGUGAUGCUGGUCCAGAUACUUAUUGGAAUUCAACACAAUUUCUUGCUUGGUUAUAUAAUGAAUCACCUGUAAAAGAUACAGUUGUUACAAAUGAUCGUUGGGGUAAUGGUUGCCCAUGUAAACAUGGAGGUUACUAUUCAUGUGAUGAUCGUUAUCAUCCUGGUAAAUUAGUGAGACAUAAAUGGGAAAAUUGUAUGACAUUAGAUUGUUGUUCAUGGGGAUUUAGAAGAGAAAUAACUUUAGAUAAAAUAUUAACACCAGAACAACUUAUUUCCGAAGUUAUUGAGACUGUUACUUUUGGUGGAAAUAUUCUCAUUAAUGUUGGUCCAACUUCAUGGGGAACAAUUUUACCUAUUUAUGAAGAACGUUUAUUACAAUUAGGCGAAUGGUUGUCUAUAAAUGGUGAAGGUAUUUACGCCACUCAACCAUGGAGAAUUCAAAAAGAACUAAAUUAUGAUUUUGUUUGGUAUACUUAUAAACCUGCAUUGAUUGAUAAGAAUAUAAAUGAAUAUAUGAAAAUUCCAUCCCUAUAUUUAUUGAAUAGAAUAUCUUCUGUGAAACAAAAUCCUUCUAUAGUAUAUGCACAUUUAACAAAGUGGCCAAAUAAAUAUUGUCACAAUUUAACAGAAACAAUAAAUGAUCAAUCAAUACAAACAAGAACAUAUUGUAAAAGAGAAUUACAUUUACGAUCAAUUAAUGCUCAUCCAAAUUUAUCUAAUUUUACUUUAUUAGAUGGAAGUUUAACUGGUAUUCAAUUAUCGUAUCGAAUCAUGAAUGGUGUAAUUAUUAAUUUACCUGAUUUAAUUAUGAAUAAUGAUAAUAGAAAUAUAUUGAAAUAUGCAUGGACAAUACGUAUGAUCAAUGUGUUUUGA